CUAAUGUUGUUGCAGCUUCUUCAUCUCCUUCUUUCAUCCUCCCCUCUACUUUCUACAUCCAUCACUCCUUCCCUCGUUUCCCCUUUCUCGUUCUCUCGCUCCCCCCUCCUCUAUUUCACUCUGUCACUCAUUCCUCACCUCCUCUCUUUCCUCCUACGCAAUCAAGCUCCACUCCCACGCGCCACCAUCAGAGACCUUUUCUACCUCGCUCAAUGCAGACUGCUAUGCCCUCAAAUAGAAACCUUUCCCCUAAUCCCGCCGUGGACGAGUUCCUCCGCCAGGAAGGACUGACGGACGAGGAGUGGAAGCGCAUAUACGACCUUCGCUACUGCACCAUCCUUGUGCCUUUCGCGGAUAGCCCCAGCAAAGAGAAGAACGAGCAGGAUCAAAAGGAGAUCUUUGAUGAAAGCGAAGCCGAGGAGCCACGAGCCAUCACUCCAGUAUCCACCCCAAAAUCAAAAGCACAAAGACAGAUGCCGACACCAAAGAGCGCCCAACCACCGCGACCCUCUUCCUCAAGCCUCAAGCCAGGACUUUUGAAUACCCAGAGCACUUCGCCUAGCCAUAUUGGACUAUUGACACCACCUCAAAGUCGAUCCGCAGGAGUACCCAUAAUCCACCUUCCAGAAAAGCAGGAUUUGGAAGUGGGUGACAGCAUCUUGACAGCUAGUGAUCCACUUGCCAGCUAUCUUACCGCAGUACGGGUAGGCCCAAGUCAUACACGCAGGACAGCAUUCGGAGGCUCGAUGAUUGUGACCACACCGACUGUGGAUGAUGAGGACAUGGACACUGCAGAGCCAGAGACCUUCCAUGACGCACUCGACACUGAUGAAGAGACUAAGACCGGAUCAUACCUACAGCAGAUGGAUAUUCAGGACGAGAUCAGCGAAUCAUCGCAUGCUGGAGUAAAGAGGCGGCAUUGGGAGCUCGAGCCAUCAUCACAUCUCUUGCAGCAGAGACAGCCAAGUUCAUCGAAACGCGUUGCCAUCACCACUUCCAAGACUGUCAGCACAUCUGUGGUAAUGACCACAGGCCUUUUGAAGCCAAAAGGGUUCUCGCCGCCCUCAACACCUGCCAUCAUGUACAGGCGCGGCUCGACAGCGUCUGAUGUAUCGACUGCAUCAUAUGCAAGUUUCGCUCAACGCGCACUCUGGACAACCCAGGACUGGAAAGCACUCGAGAAGAUUUACAAUGAAAUGGAGGGAAGUUCUAUGGCUGAGAAGGAUUUGAACUCGAUCGCUGAUCAUUUCCUGGCGGAGCAAGAGGCUAAGACAGGAGAGAAACCGCAGUGGACAAGAGAGAAAGUCUUGACACGAUGCAUCGCACUAUAUAGAGUGCGAAAUGACUUGCACAGGGAACCAGCGCGCCAUGAACGUGAAUCAACACCACUGUCCCGAAGACUUCGCGAGACUGGCAGAAACUUGAAUCGACCAUAUCCCUUGCAUGGCUCGCGAUUGCCGAGUCCCAGUCCGGCGGACCGCACUUCGUCAAGCGCAAUUUCUGAUUUUCUAAAUCAAAGGCGAGCAGACCGGAAUCAUAAGCAAAGAGACGCGGAUCAGAAUUAUCAGCUCAAAUCUGUAUUCAAACAUCGACUGGGAUCAGGACUCAAGACGGUUCGUCAACUCCUGCCAUUCUGGAGAGAUGUCGAAAAGGGCGACGCGGAUAUCAAGGAGAAAGUUGCUGUGCCAUUGGUACCUGCAGGAAAGGCCCAAGCAGUCAUUGCGGCCUUUGAAACCCAGUGCCAUGAUAGUGAAAUCGCUGGAUCGACAUUUUCACGAUCAGACUCAGUUGUCUCUAGUUGCGGUGUCAGUCGUGAGAGAACGGGCAGUCCACCCGUGUCUGGAGCGGCGGAGACUGUUGCCGAGAUGUUGGCUAGGGGUCAUUCGGUCCGUUCAGCCUCUGCUUCUUCCCCUGGCUCUCAAGCAUAAAGUCCGCCACUAUGUGAACUAUGCUUUCAUGAUAGACCGAUGCGGAUUUCUUUACCUCAUUCCAUGUGUCUUUUAUCUGCUUUUUCUGUAUUCGAGCUCGGUGCCUUUGUAAUGAGUGGUGCCUCAUUUUUGCGUCUUGCCUAGCAUUGUACUUUUUACUCUGUGAAUUUUGAAUGUCCACAGCUCUUUCUUGAAGGAGGCUGCUGACAGUAUAGUUUAGUAGUUUAGAAGUAAAAAUCGUUUGUGUUUUUGCCUGC